AUGUGGAUUUGGAGUCGGCUCUGGCUCGUAUUCGGGUUCGGAUUCGUGUUUGUGCCCACUGGCACUGAUCACAAUUGGAACCAACAUUCCACAUCAAGAUUUAUCUUAAAAAACCAGAUCAAACACAAGCUACUCAAGCACCUGAUUCCAGAUCCAGACGUUAAUCCUUACAUCGAGUAUCCAAUGACUUUCAUGUCGAACAAAAGCAUUGCUAUCCUAGGAUGCGGGGGUAUGGGUUUGGCGAUUGCCCGUCGCCUUGGUGCUGGUCGACAGCUAUAUGUGGCCGAUUUCUCGACAGAAAUUCUAGCUGCCGCGCGGGAAACCUUGACAAACGAUGGCUAUUUGGUUGAAAUUAUGCAAGUAGAUGUGGCGGACUACGAAUCCGUCAAGCGGUUUGCACAUGCCGCUGCUUCGCAUGGACCGAUUGAAGCAAUCAUCCACACGGCUGGCUUGUCCCCGUCCGCAGGCUCUGCACAAAGAAUCCUCGAAGUUGAUCUUAUUGGCACCGCCAACUCCCUGGAUGCUUUUGUCGAGGUAGCGAAGCCUGGAACAAGUAUGAUCUGCAUUGCGAGUAUGGCCGGCCACAUGGGAUCGGGCUUGCCAUCGGAGCUGGAGCACCAUCUUGCAACAGCGUCGAGAGACCAAUUACUGGAACAUGCCGCUCUGAGUAUCGAUGUUGCAGACACUCAUGGUCCCGCACGAGCAUAUGGGAUAUCGAAACGUGGGAAUAUAUUGCGCGUACAAGCUUCAGCAAAGGCAUGGGGACGCGUUGGGGGGAAGAGUCAAUUCCGCGCGGGACGCCAGGAGAUUGAGGGUCCAGCUGGAAAAUUUAUUGCUUCGAGCCCCGUUAGUCGUGUCGGAACGCCUCAGGAUAUCGUUAAUGCUGUUUCGUUCCUGGCUAGUGCGGAGUCAUCUUUCAUCACAGGUAAUGACAUUCUUGUGGACGGUGGUGUCGUCUCAUCAUUGAAAUGGGGUACUGGGAAAGACUGA